GACCACAUCUCUGCAAUUAUCUUCAUCAUGGCAUUUUUAGACUUUAUUUUCCAAAAAUUCAUCCACAAAGAUAUCUUCGAAGCAUUUCAGAGAAUGACUCUAAUCGACAAGCUUAUCUUCCUCUUUGUUCAUUCCGUCGAUAAAUCGGGAGUUGCAUGGCAUAGGUUUCCGGUUUUCCUAGGGUUGUUAUACCUAGCUCUCCGACGACGUCUUCACGAGAACUACAACCUGUUUACCGUUGGCCCCAAACGCGCGGUGGGAAGCACGUUCGAUCCGGCUGCUGUUCAUUUUAGAACAGCGGACGGAGAAUUCAACGAUCCGGACGAUGUAGAUGCCGGGAGCUCGGGAUCCUUCUUUGGCAGGAACAUUCUUCCCCUUGAACAAAAGAAUAAGCUAACAAGGCCAGAUCCAAUGGUGGUGGCAACAAAGCUAUUGGCACGCAAAGAGUUAAUCGAUACCGGCAAACAAUUCAACAUGAUAGCUGCAUCUUGGAUUCAGUUCAUGGUCCACGAUUGGGUCGAUCACCUCGAAAAUCUUCAUCACCAGAUUGAACUGAAAGCGCCGGAAGAAGUUGCGAGCCAAUGCCCUUUGAAAUCCUUCAAGUUGUACGAAUCUAAAAGCAUCAACGGAAUCGAGAGCGGCUUCUUGAACCGACGCACGCCUUGGUGGGAUGGAAGUGCGAUAUAUGGCAGCGAGAAAGAGACGUUGAAGAAAGUGAGGACUUUCGAAAAUGGAAAGCUGAAGAUAUCCGCAGACGGCCUUCUUCCCGUUAAUUCAAACGGCACCGUUUUGUCCGGCGACGUCCGCAACGUGUGGGCGGGUCUCUCCGCCUUGCAAGCCCUCUUUGUCAAAGAACACAACUCUGUCUGCGAUGCACUCAUGAAGGAAUACCCUAAUUUGGGAGACGAAAAAUUGUACCGCCACGCAAGGCUCGUGACGUCAGCCGUCAUCGCCAAAGUUCACACCAUUGAUUGGACGGUUGAGCUUCUCAAAACUGACACGUUGCGCGCAGGAAUGAGAGCCAAUUGGUACGGAUUGUUGGGCAAGAGUUUCAAAGAUAGAUUCGGACAUGUUGGUGUUGCAGAACUAAGUGGUUUAGUUGGUUUGAGUAAUCCUGUGGAUCACGGCGUACCAUACUCCUUAACGGAGGAAUUCGUUAGCGUUUAUCGCAUGCAUCCUCUUCUUCCAGACAAACUUCGCCUCAGAAACAUCCAUGCUUCUCCUGGUCCUAACAAAUCACCCCCUCUUGACACUGAAAUUGAGAUGGUGGAGCUGAUUGGCAAGAAAGGAACAGAGAAUCUAUCAAGAAUAGGGUUGAGAAAGCAAAUAGUGUCAAUGGGCCACCAAGCCUGCGGUGCACUCGAGCUUUGGAACUAUCCCAUCUUCCUCAGGAAUCUUGUCUCUCACAAUGUCGAUGGCACCGAUCGCCCCGACCCAGUCGACCUCCCUGCUCUCGAAAUUUAUAGGGAUAGAGAGAGGAGUGUUGCGAGAUACAACAAUUUCAGGCGCGGCCUUCUAAUGAUUCCCAUCACAAAAUGGGAAGACCUAACCGACGACGAAGAGGCUAUUGAAACCCUACGCCAAGUGUACAACGAUGACGUGGAGGAGCUCGACCUUCUUGUCGGCCUCUUAGCCGAGAAGAAGAUCAAGGGCUUCGCCAUAAGCGAGACAGCUUUCUUCGUCUUCUUAAUCAUGGCGACGAGGAGGCUGGAGGCGGACAGGUUCUUCACAAGUGAUUUCAACGAGGAAACGUACACGAAGAAGGGGUUGGAAUGGGUGAACGCAACAGAGAGUUUGAAAGAUGUUUUGGAUCGACAUGAUCCAGAGAUGAGUACUAAGUGGAUCAACUCCACCAGCGCUUUCACCGUGUGGGACGCCUCUCCCGAGCCGACCAAUCCCGUCCCGCUUUAUCUCCGCCUCCCAAGUUGAACACAUUAAUUUCGUUUAUUACCAAAUUGGAUUUCAUUGUCUAAUUUCAAUUGUUUCCAUGUUGUAUUUUGUUUUUUAUUACACAAAGAAUUAGCUAAUGUCAUUUGUUUGUUUCUUUGUAAUAUAGUCGAAAUGUUAUUUUAAGCAGUGUUUGAAAUUGAAGGUUGACAUAAAGGAAAAAGAAGAAAUAGUGAGAUUGUGAAA